AUGGCUCAAGGUGCAGCGCCAGAGGCUGUAAUUCCCAUCGAGGCCACCCUCAUGGCACUUGCUAUAAUGCUGGCCUCAGGACGCCUUGUUCCACGCGUGUUACAACAUAUACAUCCGACCACCAGCGACAGCUUCUUGAUCGCAUCGAUCCUCAAUAUGCUCGCACUCUUUAUAACCGAUACUAUGACCUACAAGUUGGGUGGCAUGUCUGACGCUGGGCCCUCAGAAGCCGACCUGAUCAAGCUCAAGAAAGUGCAAUUCGCCGGCAACUACUUCUACGAUACGGGGAUAUAUCUUCCCAAGUUAGCGAUAGUAGCGCUUUACUACAGACUGAUUCCACCUACCAUGCCUUGGUUACGAAAAGCGCUUUAUAUAGUGAGCGCCUUCGUAGGAGCAGCCAUGGUGACGACCUGCUUCUUAGACACAUUCUGGUGUGGUCGUCAAGUGUCUUCGAACUGGUCCACUGAUGAAGAAGCGUGCAAUACCUUCGCCUCUAAGGAAGUGUUCCGGACGGAUUGGGCACUUAAUGUCACGUCAGAUUUAUCGAUUUUCACACUUCCUUUUCCGCUUCUAUACAAACUCCAGCUUGGCCGGCGCCAGAUCUGGGGUCUUGUCAUAACUUUUGGGCUUGGUGUUAUAACCAUAUCUGUCAGCGUUGUGCGGUUCGCAACCAUUGAGGUGAUCCAGGCUUGGACGAACGUCUAUGUGCUUUCAAUGGCCGAAAUGUCCGUUUCCAUCAUGGUAGUAGCUCUCCCUUCGAUGCGAUCAUUCCUCCGCCGCGGCUCCCUAUUUUCAUCUAAGAAGACCUACGGGUCUUCGACUUCACGAACAGGAUACGGAGUCCAGACACCGAUCGUGACCUUCGGGACUUCAGGGAGAAGAAAAGCACGGAUAGACGAUAUCUUGGACGACUCAGGGAGCGAGGUCGAGCUCAAUACAAUGCAGAGAAAAGAUGUCAUUUACGAGACGAAACAGGUCAGCGUACAAUUUUCGAAUUCGCUAGAUGAGACGGACUUCUCUAAAGGAAAAAAUCCAUGAAGGUUCAGGAGGCGCGCACUGUUGGUCUGAUAUGGACCUCGGGGUGUCAGAUUAAAAGCGUAUCUGUCAUGGCCCUAGAAUGGAUCUGGGGCAGGUCCCCGAUACCAGAGGGCCAGGAUACCCUAAAGUGCUGCAUCGAGUGGAU